UUUAGUGCACAACUUAUAUUAGAUUAGACAGUUAGAUCGGUGAGAUAAGUUUACAACUGCAUUAAACGAUGGUCAACGAUGAGGGAGGCGAGACAGAGAGUAGCAAACUGUUAGGGUAUGACUUCUAUCGCCGUACUCUGGGAUCCCCGCGGUAUGUGGUGGCGCCCAUGGUGGACCAAAGCGAGCUGGCCUGGCGCAUGCUCUGCCGUCGCUAUGGAGCCGAACUCUGCUACUCGCCCAUGUACCAUGCCAAUUUGUUCGCCCACGAUCCCAAGUAUCGCAAGGAUGCACUGCAAACGUGUCCAGAGGAUAGGCCGCUGAUCAUUCAGUUUUGCGGGAAUGAUGCUCAACAGAUACUGGAUGCUGCGCUGUUGGCGCAGGAUCAUUGCGAUGCGGUGGACAUAAAUCUGGGGUGUCCACAGGCAAUCGCCAAGAGGGGACACUAUGGCUCAUUUCUGCAGGACGAAUGGGAGUUACUGACGGAUAUUGUCAGGACGCUGCACGAAAAGCUAUCCGUUCCGGUAACCUGCAAAAUCCGCAUCUUCGAGGAUCGAGAGAAAACCUUACGAUAUGCCAAAAUGCUGGAGGCUGCCGGCUGUCAGCUCCUCACCGUUCAUGGCCGGACCAGAGAGCAGAAGGGGCCCCUGACAGGUGUGGCCGAUUGGAGUUACAUACAGGAGGUGCGACAGCACCUGAAAAUACCCAUGUUCGCCAAUGGCAAUAUACUGGGACUGGAGGAUGUCCACCGGUGUCUGGACGAGACGGGCGUGGAUGGUGUGAUGACUGCCGAGGGUAAUCUACAUAAUCCGGCCAUCUUUCAAGGCCUAGCACCGCCCGUCUGGCAAGUGGCCAAAGAGUACUUAGAAUUUGUGGAUCUGUAUCCCUGUCCCAGCUCUUAUAUCAGAGGACACCUCUUCAAGCUCUUCCAUCACAUCAUGAAUAUACGACAGAAUUCAGAGCUUAGGGACACGCUGGCUACUUCGAACCAGUUAGUGCAGUUCCAAGCGGUUGUGGACAAGGUCCAGGCCAAAUAUGAGCCCUAUCAUAAGAAGGAAGUGGAGUAUUUACCGGAGGAAAUGGAUGCCGCCAUUAGUACAGAUAAGCUCGAGCUUUCGCCCUGGCUCUGCCAGCCGUACAUACGCGCCUCCCCCGAAUCCCAUCGUCAGAAAAUUGCCGAAAAAGAGCUGGCAGCCAUUGAUCCGAAUCGCGCAAAGCGUCAAUACUUUGACAAAGAUGGCAAUGAAAUCUCCCGGAAACGCAUGAAGAAGCUGCGAAGACGCCAGCGGCGACCCAAUAAAACCGAGGACCAGGUCCACCAACGUCAUGAACGGCGACUUCAAUACUGCACAAUAUGCGCCAAUCCGCAGGGAUCAAAGUGUGAAUUCAAUCUAUGCCGCGUGUGCUGCAAGGACAAGUGCUAUGGCGAGGACUGCGACUGUCGCGGCCAUGGUAUACUAAUCAAAUCGAGACGAGCCAAGGCCAAAAAGUACCAGGAACAUUCCCAAAUAGAGGAGAACAACGAUUCCGGCGUCCGAACUGAGAAUCUGGUUAGUGAUCCUGUGCCGCCUGUCGUGGCAGGGAAUGUUCCCUGAUGUUCGUUCGGUUUAAGUGAAUUUGUGCAGGAAAUGACUAUUCUAAUUGUUCCUAUGUCGACUUAUAUAAGAAUGUAGAUAUUUUUGCGUGUUAAAUAUCGAACUUUAAUUGUUACUUACAAUGCAAAAGCAUUUUCAUGGACGGUUCCGUCAAGGCCAAUAAAUUAAAAGUUUCAAAUCACA